CAGCCUUGGAGCGGAAGUGACGCCACGGGAGCGUGUGACCAAUCGCGUGAGGCGGUGCGAGCUGUGCGAGCCGGGCGGGCGGUCGGUUGGCUCAGCAUGUCAGUGAGCAGGAGGAUGCCGCGCUGGCCGGCCGGUCACUGAGGGCCAUGUCUGUGCUGUACGCGCUGGCCUGGCGCCUCCUGCAGGCGGUGCUCUAUACCCACCGCGCCCUGCUGCUCGUCCUGCUCCGCUGCUGGAACUGGAGGCUGUGGCGGGCGGCUGCCGCGCUCCUCGUACCGGCUGAGCUCGCUCUCUGGUACCGGCGGGGAGGGCGGCGAGACUGCGUCCGACGGUGCGACCAUCCCCGGCACUGCCGCUGCUCGGAGCCCGGCCAGCCGUGUGAGUGCCAGUACCUGCAGUGCGAGCGGCCAUUCUCUGAGCGCGGCAGGAGCGACGUGUCCGGCCUGGCCAAGCUCCCCGUGCACAUGGCGCUGCUCAUCAGCGAGGAACACGAGAGCUACACGGACGUGGCCAACCUGGUGGUGUGGUGCAUGGCGGUGGGCAUCUCCUAUGUCAGUGUGUACGAUCACCAAGGUAACCAUAGCAACCCAGGGUAAGGUCAUGGGGCCAGUGACUGAUCGCUGGCAGUGAUGGGAGUUAGUGUGCAAUGUAAGGGGAAUAUACACCGCUCUUAUAGGACUGCCACUACUAUCCUGUGUGUACUGCCAUGUUUACAAUUUUACCACAACCUAAUGGCUAGGUAAGUUAGCUGUAGGUUGUGUUAAAGUUUAUAAUUUUUAUGUGUUGUGCCAAGAAGAAUCCAACAAAGCAUGUGAAUUAGUUAAUACUGGCAGAGCUGUGUCCUUAAGCAUCUACAACACUGAGUGGGAGAGCAUGGGGUGCGAGCAUAAUGACAAUUGUCAGUUAGAUGGGAUUGGCAAGUCACUUUAAUUUAGAAGUGCAGUAGAGAUAAGUUCUUGUUUUUUGUUUUGUAAACUCCCAAAAUACAAUUUACUAGGAUGCAGAAUCAAGGAAGUGACAGUUCCACUUCCAAGGAAAUCGCCAAGCCAGGGGUAAAUAGUUUUAGAACAGUAUGAAAACUUGUCUUAGCUCCUGCAGGAGCCCUACGAGACCCAUGCAAGCUGUCAAACCAUCCUUACACUUUUUGAAAAACAGUUUAAAGGGUGUCCGAGCACUUUUGACACUAUUGUUACCACUACAACGGGUUAUUAUGGUUAUAGUGAUUGUCAUGUUGCUUUUAGUUUGACAAAUUAUUGUUCAUUUUAGUUUUACAGUUGGGGAUCUAUCUCUUGACUACUCCUGGCCACUUUGAUCAAAAUUGAAUUAAAGGGAACAUGACACUCUGCUCCAAUGCCUUACAGAGAUGGGUGUUAUCAGUCAAACUUCUACCGUGGGCUUAACUGAUUUGCAGAUGAUACCACAAGCAGGGCGAACCUCAUGCAUGACAGCAACAUGCCUGCUUUGUUGCAAGCAUGCUGGCGUGUGAACAGAGUGACGUCAGUCAAAGCGUUCCUAUACCCCUUACUCAGUGUUAGCAUCACCGACUAGUUACCAUAGUAAUCACAGCACAUGUGUGGGUGGAAAGUAGGACCAUUGGGAGGUCCCACUUACUCUCCCUUUCAAGGAAUUCUUCGCAGAGUCUAUGCCAAAUUGAUUGACAGGCUAUCAUGUUCCUAGCACUCUCAGACGAUCAAUGUCAUUCAUGCUGAGUCAAAUUUCCAUUUAUAAAGCAAAACUGCUAUUUCCAUGAUCAGAAUGGCCAAGGGUCUUCCUGGGGGAUGCCAAGAAGACUAUUGGUUUAUUUCAAAACGUUCUUCAACAGUUUAGUAUUAAACUGUGGCAUAACUACAGUGUGCUAUAAUGAUUGUUGCGUACAUUUAAUUAGGAAAAAACAAAAUAAAUCUCCACAGUUCUAUCUAUGUGAGAGCACGUGAUAGUUAAAACUUUUAUUACUUCAGUAAAAUAGGUAAUUAAUACACCUAAAAUGCUUGGAUAAGCUGACUGGCGAAAUGCGUGCGUCAGGGGCUCUGGUAGCUUUUCAUUUACAGUAGGAUGUCAGCCUGUUAUUGCCGCAUACCUGUUCGCGGAAACUGACAUCUCAGCUACCACCAGUGAUACUUUAUCUAGUUUCCACUAAGAUUUACUUUUCCUCGGAUCUAUAGAGGCUUGCGCGUUAAAAAACCUCUGUACCUUGUCUAUACUAAUUAUUACGGCAGCAUUAUAUGCGGCGAUAUCCAGCUAAUGAGUUUGGCUUAUUCUCUAAUAACUUUGUGGCGAUUUUUCCUUGACACUGAUGAUUGGGCAAGGUGGGAUAUUAGAGAGAGGAUAUAAUUUUAGGUAACGGGUGCCCUCGAAGACACUUUAGGUUGCUCUAACUAUCUAGAUUAGGACUAUCUAUACUCUCUCCCUUCCCAAUAUACUCUCUAUUGCCUUAUAGUUACUAUUUUGCUAUCUUUUGUAAUACGAGUUCAAGGCAUGUAUAUUGAGAGUGGCUAAUACCUAAUGUCUGAGCUGUGGGGGGGGGAAAAAAACCUGUUUUUAAUUGUGAAAUAUUACCUUAAGGCAUUGAGUGGAUGACUUUCUAUAAUUUUUAUUUUUAUUUUUUUUGAAUGCUGCAAAUAUGAGUCUUGUCUCCAAGCAACAUCAUUUUUAACUUAAUUAUUUUUUUUUUGUAAAUAUAUUUUUAUUGGGUGUUUUAAAUUUUUCAGUUUCGAACAUGACAUGAGAAAGCUCCGGUAUGGACACGCAGGUCUCAUUAUGUUUGCAAGCGAACUAUUGCAUUGGAAUAAAUGCUGCUCAUGUAUGUAUACACUGGUGACACGCAGGUCACAUUUAAACGUAAGAAGCAUAAACUAGUUGGACUCGCAGGUCCUAUGGCAUAUACUUGACAUGUAUCUCUAAGCUAGUUUCAGUUUGGAUACUUAGGUCCCAUCUGUAUGAAGCGUUAACUGUCAUUUUAGGAAGCGUCGUUCGGUCAGGUUUACGUUGAGUUUUGUGUGUUCAGUCAACUAAUUGAGGCAACAUGUGUCUUAACAUGGUAUAUCUUAACCUGGUGCGGUGAUAUGUGGAUCAUUCAUGAGAGGGUGUGGUAGAGAUAGAAUGGACUCGUAGGUCCUGAUCAGGGUCGUUUUGUUUUUUUGUUUUUUUGUUUUUUUUUAUGUGGAGAAUCUUUUGCAUGUGUUGUGUCUAUGUGAGUGUGUGUGUCAGUGGCUUCCAGGAGUUACAAGGCGUUGGGUUUGAAAUUUGUAUUCUAUCAUAUACUUUUAUCUGUGUAAAGUAUUUGUGGGUAAGUAGUAAGUAAAAUGUAGGGGUAGCUCUAGUGGCACGGGCGUUUUGUGGACUUUUUUUUUUUUUUGGGCUGGUAUGAGUGGCAUCUAUGUUCGUUGUGUGGUUGAUUCCCAAGUCUGUUCCAUUUAUGUUGUUGUCCCUCCCGCCUUCCCUGCUUGUCGUGUCCUAGUCAUGUGCUGGGUAGUCCGUUGGGUUGUGUGUGUGUGUGAUGUGGAUCCCACGGGAGGGUGAGCUAUCCUCGUUCCUUGUGUUAUCGUGAUUCCGGGAUCAGGAUUUUCGGUUUCUGGAGUGUUAGUGUGUGAGGUUCGCUCGGGGGUCUCCUGUUGUUCAGCUCUAUCUUGGGUAUUGGUGCGUGAGUCGGGGGUGUUGGCUUGGGUUCAAUGAGAGGUCUGUAUGAUUUUGUUUUUUGGGGUUGGUAGGUUGUUGCCAGUAUCGUAUGCUGCUACGUCCUGUGCCCUCAUUGGUUGCGUUCAUGGGGUGGUUGUGUGUUGGCGGUGUGUUGAUCCUGUGAGCGUUGUAGUUGUAUUGCGUGUAGUGUGUGUGGCUUGUUAGGGGGAGGGAUGGGUGGAAGCCCCCUUAACUCCCUUCCCCAGCCACCGCGUCCCCCCCAUCUCGUCUCGCCCACGUAUAUUAUCCAAGGUUGCCACUUGUCAACGUGUUUCGUGAGGGUGUCUCGUAGGGUCGCAUGCAUUUCUUCUGCAAAUCUGAUCUCUUCUACCCUGUUUAGCCAUUGUUCCAUUGUGGGGGUGUUUGUCAUUUUCCAUAGGGCAGGGAUUAGAGCCUUGGCCGCGUCGAGAAGGUGUCGUAGGAUGGAUCGUUUGUAUUUUGAAAUCGGGUCUUUAGUGUGAUGCAGGAGGGUGUUGUCUAUUGACAAUUGCGUCGUGUGCCCUAGUACCUCUUUGAUGCGGGACGUAAUCUGGUUCCAAAACGGUUUAAUGUUGGGGCAGUCCCACCAGAUAUGUUUUAGUGUUCCAAUAUCUGCUUCACAUCUCCAACAGGUCGCCGAGGUGUUGGGGAAUAUUCGGUGGAGCAGGUCUGGGGUUCUGUACCAGAAUGUCAAUAGCUUAUAGUUCAUUUCUUGGUAUUUUGAGCUAAUCGUGGAUUUGUGAUGGAGGAUAAGAAUUUUGUCCCAUUGUGCGUCGGUGAAAACUUUGUCGGUGAUGCUUUCCCAUUUUUCCUUAUAUCGUUGAGUUGCUUGCUGCUCACCUGUGAUUAGGUAUUGGUAGAGCGUCGACGUUGGUUUCUGAGUCGGUGUUUGUUUGUCGCAGAUGUCCUCAAACCACGUGAGGGUUCUGUGUGCCUCUUGUUUGUUCGGUAGGGUGUGAUAGAAAUGCGUCAGUUGGGAGUAUCUGAAUUUGUGCAUGGGAGCUGGCUGGCCUUCCAUUAGGCGUUCCAGGGGGGUCAGUCCAGUGGCGGUUAGUGUUUUGUGGAGUGGUAUGAAGUCCCUUCCCUCCAGGAAGUCCCAGGCCUUGAUCGGUAGUCCUCCCCCCACUGCUUGGUUAUGUGUUAGCGUGGUCAUCGGGCUGGGUGUUGGGGAGAUGAUCGUUGCGUUCCUCAUUGUUGACCAUAUGUGAAGGGUGUGACUCGCCGGCGAGGUUGCGCCGGGGUCGUGACGCCGUGGCGUUUUCUGAUUCCAUAGGGAUGCAAAAAUGGAUGGGCUGCAUGAUUCUUUGUCCAAGGCCACCCAUUGUUUGCAUCUCGGAUUAGUGUGCCAUUCCAGUAUCCGCUGUAGGGCUGUCGCUUGGUGGUAUUUGCGUAGGUCUGGGAGUGCCAAUCCGCCCUGACUCCUGGUCUUGCAUAAUAGUUCAUAUCUUAGUCUAGGUCUGCAUCCUCUCCAGACAUAGGUCAGGAAUGCGUUUUUUAUUGUCGCGAAAAAGGUCGUCGGUAGUGCCACUGGGAUUGUAUGGAAUAAAUAUAGUAGUCUGGGUAGUAUAUUCAUUUUGAUGACCGCUAGGCGGCCGAACCAUGAGAUGUGUGGAUAAUUCCAGGUUCGGAGGUCUUGUAGAAUGCGUGUGAGGAGUGGGAGGAAGUUUUUCUGGUAGAUGGCGUUGGGGUCAGCCAUCACCCAUAUCCCCAGGUAUUUCAUUUGGGUAUGGCACCAUCGGAACGGGAAGGUCGAGGCUAUAUCCCUGUGUUCCCCCAGUGGGUCCGUGAUGUUGAACAGUUCGCAUUUGCUUAAGUUAAGUUUGAGGCCCGAGAGGUGUCUGUAUUUUUCGAAUUCUUCCAUUAGGCAUGGUAGGGUGAGUCUUGGACGUGUAAUGAAGAACAACAUGUCAUCCGCGUAUGCGGCUACUUUGUGUGUGGCGGUUGUACAAGUGUAGCCCGUGAUGUUAAUAUUUCGCUGGAUUGCCUCCAGUAGGGGUUCCAAUGUUAAUGCGUACAAUAACGGGGACAGGGGGCACCCCUGCCUCGUACCGUUGCGAAUCGAGAAGGACUCCGUCAGGGCUCCGUUAACACGCACCGCUGCCGUCGGGGUGCUGUAUAUCGCUCCGAUCCAUUUCUGUAUGUUGUCGUUAAACCCCAGUAGGCGUAUCGUCGUUUUCAAGAAUGCCCAGUCAACUCGGUCGAACGCCUUUUCGGCGUCCGUGGAGAGUAGCAGGAGUGGUGUUCCAUGUUGUCUUGCUAAAUGUUGUAUAGCGAGAACUCUGAGUGCUAUCUCGAGCCUCCCGUUCCGGUAUAAAUCCCGUUUGAUCAGGGUGCACGAGUGUUGGCAUUAGGUUGCUAAGUCGGGUGGCUAAUAUUUUGGUGAAGAGUUUUGUGUCCAUGUUUAAGAGGGAGAUGGGUCUGUAGCUGCCGCAGGUUUCCGGGUCCUUACCUGGUUUUGGGAUUACUGUAAUUGUAGCCGAUAGUGAUUCGGCGUGGAAUGUAUGUCCCUCAGUGAUGGCAUUGAGCGCCUUUGUAAGUUUGGGGGCUAGUAUAUCUUGGAAGCGUUUGUAAUAGUCCAGCGUAAGUCCGUCGGGUCCGGGUGCGUGUCCUGUCUUAAUGUCGUCUUCGGUGAUCGGGCGGUCGAUGGUUUCUGCAUCUUCGGCUGUCACCGUCGUGUAGAUGUUCUCUCAGGAAGCAUUCCAUGCAGCCUUGUUUGAUUCGCCUGCCUUCUUCGUCACUUUGUGAGUGUGUAUUGUAGAGUGAGGAGUAGUAGGUGAGAAAUUCCUUGGCGAUUUUCUCCAGGUGUUGGGUAGUAGUGCCGUCGCUUGUUUUUAAUUUGUGGACUUGUGAGGGGUGUUGUUGUCCCCUGAGCAUUUGUGCGAGGAGUUUGCCUCCUUUGUUUGCGUGGAGGUAGAAGAAACCUUUAGAUCUUCGGAGUUGUCUCAGGUGUCUCUUGAGUAUCAGUGCGUGUAGUCUCCUUCUUUCCUCUAAUAGUUCUUUGUAGGUAUCUUCCACCUGUUGGCGUUUGUGUUGUGUUUCCAGGGAGCGGAUCCGGCCAAGGAUGGUUGACAUAAGUGCGCCCGCCUCUUUUUUCCGUUGUGACGCGAUUUGGAUGAGCUUGCCCCGGAGUACCCUUUUGUGUGCCUCCCAUAUUGUCAUAUCUGAUACGUCUCCCGUCUCAUUCUCGGUAAAAUAUGUCUGUAGAGUGUCGGUGACUUGGGCCCUCAGUGGGAGGUCGGUUAAGAGGGAGUCGUUGAGUCUCCACGUCGUUCUCGUCGGUCUUAUGAGUGGAGAUUCGAGGUCUAUCGACACUUGUCCAUGGUCCGACCACGUUGCAGCGUGUAUGGAUGCUCUCCUAAGUCUUAUUAGAGCUUCUUGUUGCAAUAGUAGGAAGUCUAUUCUGGAGUAUCUUUUGUGUAUUAUGGAAUAGUGAGUGUAUUCUCUGUCUAGUGGGUUUAGUGUUCGCCAGCAGUCUACCAGGCGUAGCGUUUUCAGAGUAUGGUGUAUGGUUCUUAUUUCUCUCUGUGGGAUGCUGCUGUGUCCCGUUGAGGAGUCUACUUUAGGAUCUAGUGUGACAUUGAAGUCUCCUCCCGCGAUCAAGGUUCCUUCCGUGAAGUUUUAGUGCCUUCAGUGUGUUCUUAAGGAAUCUAGAUUGAUUGUUGUUGGGGACGUAUAUUGUCGCGAACGUGUAACAUCGCCCUGCGAUAUUCCCCUUUACGAAGGUGUAUCUGCCGUUGUGGUCUAUAAGGCGAUCCUGUUCCUGGAAUUGUAGGCGAGCUGCUAUAAGGAUCGCGACCCCUGCCUUUUUUGCUGUAGGGUGGUUGCUGUAGUAGUUAGUGGGGUAGUGUUUGUUCUUGAGUGUCGGGGCCGCUCCUUCUCGAAAGUGAGUUUCUUGGAGAAGAGCUACUGCAACCCUCUCUCUCUGAAGUUCCCUCAAGAGAUUAGUUCUGCGUUCUGGGAGAUUCAAUCCCCUGCAGUUUUGCGUGAUGAUUUUCAUCGGGUCUGGUCUGUAUGCCAUCUUGUCCGUAUCUCUGCGCAAUGGUGGUGUCUUGUCGGGUGCCGGGGUCCCUCGUCCGCGUCCCGCCCUCUAAUGUACGCUGGAGUCGACCGAGGAAGCCCGAACCCGUGGCUUAAUUCCUGGGUUUUGAUGUGGUUCGGCGCCUUUGCGCCGUCCGGUGGUUAGCUCGAGGCGGAUGCGACGGCCGGGUCAGGAGCGCAGGGGGGGGUAGUGACGUUCGGGUGGGUUGUUGGACUGCGGUCACGUGUGAGGUGGUUGGUGUUUGUGGGGUGUUGGUAUUUGCUCCUGUGUGGUCUAGGGGAGUUGUCUGCUCAGGCUCAGUGCCUUUCGGUUAUGUUAUGCUCCGUGUCUGGUUCGUGUGAUGGGGGUGUGUGUUUCUUAUUUGGAUGUUGGAGAGUAGGAUAGGUGUGGUGUGCGUGUCGUGGUAAUGUGAGGAGGUGAACCUCUCCGUGGAGAGGGAGUUCGUGUGCCUACGGUGUCGGUCGGAGGGCACCCCAAGAUCUAUCCCGGUGGUGUACCAGUCUGCCUCCGUAGUAUCAAGCGUGCGCACCGAAAGGGGUGGGUAGCGUGUCUGGGCCCUUAUCCGUUUAGGCUAUGGUGCCUGUGUGGUAUAUGCGGUGUUAGUUGUAGAGUUGAUACUUGAGAAGGGUUGAGUAUCGUCGGUAAAAUCUGUCAGUUGUGUAGAAGUGUAUUUCCGUUUGGGGUUGUAGCGUCCGUCCACUGUAGUAGAGGUGUUAUAUAGUCAUCACUAAUGCCAUUGGUGUGUGCCUGUAGUGUUAUCAGCACUAUGCCUGUUUGUUGCGCCUUUUCGGUGUCGCUGGUAUCGGGUGGGGGGAUGUACCGUAAGGGUAAUUUGCGCGUAGUCAAAGUAGGGGCUUGAGGAUAUCUCUUCGGGGUGUGUGCAUUGUGGGUCCUCUUCUCAUUGUGUCUGGAUCGUUGCAUUUAGAACCCUUUCGUGUUGUGGAGGACCCAUUUGCAAGUGAGAUAUCCCUUAGUUCGGUCAGUAUCACAUCUCCUCUGUUUUCCCCCUCUGGAGAUUCAGGUAUCCCCUUUACCCUGAUAUUGUUGCGACGACUGCGGUUGUCCUGGUCCUCUAGCUGUCGCCUCAUGGCCAGUAUGAGGGUGCCCUGGAGUCAGGUGGGUGAGGUCAUCUUUUGUGACCAUCCUCAUUGCCAUGCGCUUUAAUUCUGCUCCGAUGUCUGCCAGUGUAGUGGUGUCGGCAGUGGAGCAUGUGGAUGCUGGCUAGAUCGGCGCCAUUUUGGAUGUCGGGGAGCUGGGGUCCGGGCCGCAUGGCGCGUGGAGGAAUUCAUCCAUCGGCCCCGUUUGCGACCCUUAGACGGAAGGUUUGGGGGUCUGGGGUAGGUCCCCUCUCUUUGUGCGACCCAUUGGUGGCAGUGCGUGCCGGUGAGUAGGGGGUUGCUCCGUUCUAUAUGCUUUCGUGGAGCGGAGCACAGCGCUUAGGCGGCCAUUUUCAUCGGCGCCCAGGCGACGCCCCGCAACAUCAUUUUUAUCUAAUUCAUAGAGCUUCUGUUUCAAGCACUGAUUAGUAAUGGUUACCUUCUCUAAACAGUGUUUUUACUCACAGACAUUUUAUUCGUUUUGUUUAUAGAGCUGUGAAAUAGAUACAUUGCUCUGGAACAAUAUGUACCCACUUUAGUGUUCCUAGCUUUCAUGCUUUGCCUAAGAUGUUAUUAAAAAAAAAAAAAAAAAAAAGUAAAAAUGCUCUUACCUGGUUGGAGAUACUGUGAACAUAUUAUAUUGCACAUAUGGGCAUUUAACCCCUUAAGGACACAUGUGUGACAUGUCAUGAUUCCCUUUUAUUCCAGAAGUUUGGUCCUUAAGGGGUUAAAGGGCCACUCUACGUUCCACAAACACUUUAUCCUAUUUAAGUAGUUAUGGUUACUGGAGUCCCCAGGUGCUGUCCCAAUGUACAUUUUUUUUAAGGAAUACUUAAGUAGUGCAAUAAAAAUUUAAUAAAAUAAAGAUUUACUCACAUUUUUUCCCUGCUCAUUAUCUACAUGUGCCCUGCUUACCUCUCCAUAUCCGUGAAGUGCUUACGUGUAUCUUCUUUAAUAAGGUCCAUAUGAGCAGUGUGAAUUUAAAGUCUAGGAACUGAGCUACCUAGUCUAUUCUUAAAAUAAUCUGUUAAUAUAUUUUGUUACUUCAAACCAUUGUGCCUUGGCAACUACCCCACCAUAUGACUCACUGGCAUAUGCAAGUAAUAUGAAGAAUAGAUACAUUGUGAGGACUUUUUGCUCUUUGUCUGAUAAGUUAAGAAGAUGAAUUUGAGAAAUCAUCGCAUUGGUUUUGCAAUACUGUACUGUCUUUCUAUAAUUACUAAAUUUACUUAUUAGUAAAAACAAAGAGAACGUUACCUGCGCUCUGGCCUAAAUCCCCAUGUACAUUUAAACAAAAUGGAGGCUCUUUAGUUCUAUUACAAUGGCCAUUUGAAUAUAUAAGCUCACCUGCCACGUCAAGGCAAGCCUCAAUAGGUGAGUUCCUACACUAGCCAUUAGAUAUGCUGAUAUCAGCCAAGAAUCUCCAGUAAGACAGGAAGGGGUAUUUUAUAAACACUUUCACAUUUAACCCUUUAUAGGGCUUCUACACAUACAAUAAACUUUGCUGGUAUCAGACAAAGUGUUAAACAUCUCUAAUGAGACAGGAAGGGCUAUAACAUAUACAAAUCACCUUGCUGGUAUCAGCUAAAAGGCAAAUUUCUCUGAUGCGACAGGAAGGGGUGCUGCCCCUACAUACUUAUAAACUCUUAAGACAAACGUGGGGAGGCUGGCAGCAAUGUAACAUAGCUGUGUGAUACAAAAUUCAUAUAAAUUGUAUAUAAAUUUACUACUUGUUGAGAAGAGAAGAAAUCUGACUGUUCCACAGUCAAUAUAUGUUUUAACUUCACUUUUGUUGCAUUAAUUGGAAUCUCUUCAAAUUUAGCUUUUGUUUUUUUUUGGGGGGGUGGGGGUUGUUUUUGAAAGGUUGAACUUUGCAUGAAGGGGAAGGAACUACUUACCCAAACUAAUUGUUUUCUGUGGUUUUACUGCAACAUUAAAUGACCACCUUGGAAGAAACGUCCUAGUCCAGUAGUAUGUACAUGUUUGCACUGAUGUGUAAAUGCUGGAAUGUUUGGUUUCUAUUAGAGGAAUUCUUGGUUUCUAGUAGACAUCAGGUCUAGUGCCCAGAGUUAGGUUUCUAAAGAAAAUAACUCUACAGACUCCAUAUCAGACGUCAUGAUUACCACAUUGAGAAAUAGAGGAGUAAAGAUCAGCACUUGUGAAAGAAGAUUUAACUUUAAAUACAUAAAACACUUGCUUGAAUUACUUCAUGUAUGAAGAAUGUGCUCUCUUCUUUUCAUAUAACAAAGUGCAGUUUUCAAUAGAAAUUUGCAUUUUUAUAAAUUAGCCUUGUUACACCCCGUGGCUGUUAAUACCAGUCCUGUUACUUUGUUUAGCUCAGGGGAGCUAAAUUCUAGAGUCAGGCAAUUCUCAGUGAGCUGCAUUGGGAAGUCUGGGUUGGGGAACUGGGGGCAGUUUGUAAAGGCUUCAGACAAGAGAACUGUGUUAUUUGCAAGCAGUGUUUAAAUAUACUCCCAAUGAAAUAAUGCAUAAUUAAACAGGUUCAUGUUUUCUUUGUCUACUAAAGAGUAAUACAAUUUUAAAUACAUUUUUUUUUUUUUUUUGGUAUGUAGGACGGUUGACUGUCCCUUUAAGAGCGCAAAGUUUCUUUGAGAGUGAUUAUUUAUUUCCGAAAUAGCAUUCACAAUAUUAAUAAAUAAAAAUUUAAUUUGUUCUUUAAUAAUAAACCAUAAUGAUGGAUGGGUUAGCAUUCAACGGUAACAAUAUUUAUUUGCACAGGGUUCUUAAAGAUCUGAACUUGACCUUUGCUCAGUAUGCACAGAGACAUACAUGUCUACAAAUGCACCCACAGAUACUCAGAAGUACCCAAAUGCAGAAAACACUCACUGACAUCCAGAUUUACAAAUGCUCAGACAUCAUUCACGGACUCCUGAAGGGACACACGAAGCACCAAAACUUUAGCUUACUUAAAGUGAUACUAUAAGCACCUUAACGAGUUUGGUUUAAUAAAGCAGAUUUAGUGUAUAGAUCAUGCCUCUGCAGUAGGGAUCGACUGAUAUUAAAUUUUUUUAGUACUGAUGCCGAUAACUUACCAAUACCGAUAUUCUGUACAUUUACCAUUUUGAAAAAAGAAACAAUUUCUACACAAAUCUACUGUUAACUGAACAUAUUUAUUUUCACAAUUUUUUUUUUAAAGUGGUAAAUGCACAAAAUAUACAUGCCAGUCAGAUUUUUUUUUUUUGUUUUCAAGAAUAUUUUUCUCUCUCUUCCCUGUUCUUUAGUGUACCUCUCCCCUCCCUGUCCCUUAGUAUUCCUGGUGUGUCUCAUUACCUCUCUUGUAGCGUGGGUACAAGAGAAGUACAGGAAACUGAAGCUCCUGUACCGCGGUCCGCUCUGUUUCACUCGACCACACUACUUUGAGUGACUGGUAGGGGGAGUGCUGUGUGCUUCCUUCUUGCCGGUCACUCGAUUCUUGUGCCUCCAAAGCCAGUGCUCCCUAAUGCGGCUGGUGUUCCGACUUAUGCACACACCGGCCCUGCUGGGGCUGUGCCACUGCCGCCUCUCACAUUAUCGGCAAUAUCGGUAUCAAUAGUGGCCAAUACCGAUAUUUGCCAGAAUCCGGAAUAUCGGCCGAUAAUCGGUCUAUCCCUAUUCUGCAGUCUCACUGCUCAAUUUUCUGCCCUUUCGGAGUUAAAUAACUUUGUUUAUGCAACCAUAGCACCUUCCUAAAUUCAUCCUGUAAAGAGAGAUCUAAUGACUUCCUUUUAUUGCAAAUUCCGUUUGUUUAAUUUAGAUUUUAUCUCCUGUUCUGUUAAUAGCCUCCAUCUGAUUAAAGUUCAAUUUACAGUCCAGGAUAUACAAACUUAUAAAGCAAGUUAAUAUCUGAUUUUAAAAUGAAACCAGUUUAUUUUCAUGCAGGCUGUGUCAGUCAUAGCCAGAUGAGGUGUGCAUGGUCAGAAACCACAAAAAAAAGUGGCAGUGAACUGAGCAGUAAGACAAGCAGGGGCAUGGAAUGGAGAGUCAUAAAGAGCGGCGUAGGAGACAAUCUGGCAUGGCUACAGCUGGUGAGCUUAGUGAUCUGCUACUUGUGGUAGACCUGCCUCCAGUUUAAAGAUGUAUCAUUUAUUCUGGUUAAAAUCGUCCCUUUUCCAUUUAGAGUGCCCACAUCCCUUACUUUGUAUUUUAAUGCUACCAAGGGCUUAACUACCCUGGGUCCAUGGUUGCACUGUUGGGGCUUAUACUUGGAAUUAUUGAAAGUGUGCCGCCCCUAAUGUGUGAAUUUCCCAAUUUAAAGACAUUGAAUAUUAUGAAACUGGUCUAGAAUAACUUCAUCUUUUGUCAACAAUAACACCAUGUAUUGCAUGUAAAUUUACAUUAUAUAAGCAUGUUACUGAUUUUAAUGUAUGUAGAGUAACGAAACGGAACACAAACUAGAAUUUUCACAUAUCCAUGCACAAAAUAAGUAAAUGUACAUAAUUUCCACUUCACUAAAAUGUGUCUGGCGUCAUUAAUGUAUUUAUCAAAUAAACAAGUUUGAGAAAUGCAGGAAUGUUACGGAUAACCAGAAGGUUGUUAUAAAAACCUUGAAAGUCUAAUCUGCAUGAUGUUAAAUGGUAGAAUGCUAAUUCAAACAUGCUGCUGUUACAGCAAAAUAAUAUGAAUUACCUUUGAAUUCCCUCUUUAAUGAGAACCUGUGACCGUGCACAGUGAAAACACACAAUGUGAUAUCAAAAUGAUAUUUAUUUGCUUUACUCAUAUGGUAGUUUUAAUACACUACUUGCUUCAUAAAAGGAACGCUACAAACUUGCUGAAGUUCAUUAGGAGUUAACAGUUUCUCCUCUUUCUUACUUUAUAGACUAAUAGAAGUGCCAUUUUUAAAGACUAAUGAGCACAUUAAAAAAGUUCAGACAGCUAUGACGGUUCUCCUUCUGACUGCCUUGUGCACCAACACAAAGUAGACGUUAGUGAUUCUCAGAGAGAAGCUUUGGAUUUGGUGCUUUCUAUGGGAAGCAUUGCAAGUACACCAGAUGUUUUGCAAGCUCCUUGCCUUCCAGUGGAAAAGCAUUACAUUGGUCUGGAGAUUAUUGGUACUAAUGAUGUCUCAGAGGCAGAGACAAACUAUUACCAGGUGCCCUCUCAUGGUUGGAUUAGAGCAGGCUUCCCCAAACUCUGCCCCUCCAGAAGUUGCUGAACUACAACUCCUAUGAUUCUAUGAAUGAAAUAGGCUGAGAAUCAUGGGAGUUGUAGUUCAGCAACCUCUCGAGGGCCGAAGUUUGGGGAAGCCUGGAUUAGAGGCAAGUUAUCCCUUUAUUUAACUAAAAGGGGUACCCAGUAAACGAAACAAUACUUUGUUAUAAAUAAUAUGCAUGUGACUAUAAUAUACUUGCUGCAUUCAUCUUUAUUGUGUAUUCUUCAGCUCUGUGGGGUUUAUUCACUAAAUAACAAACUCCUGUAAGUUUCAAAACCAAUUUUGCUGUUUUUGGAGUUACUGACAAAACAUAUUAUUAAGAUAUAUCCCCAGACACGCUUGCUUUUAAUUAUGCAUUUUUAUUUCAUUUGGGGUAUAUUUAAAAAUUACUUGUAAAAGCUUCAGAUCUAUUGUCUACAGCAUUUAAAAGCUUUCUUCAGCAGCCCAGACAUUCUGUGGCUGUCAAAUCUCCUACUUCGCAAUGCAGUUCAAUGAUAAGCCUUUAAAAAGCAGCUGCUCUGGGCACUUGCCAGCCCCUUGAGUUGAGCUCUGCUCAGCUAAGUAACCAUGAAGUUACAGGACUGGUUAUAUGUAAGCCUUGAAGGUACAUUCAUAAAAGUACCAGUUUCUUCUGAAAUCUGCACUUUGUAAAAUGAAAAGAGAAUGCUCCUUACUAACAAAGUGUUUAAGCAAGAUAUUUGGAGUGUUCCUUUUUACUAUAAUUAUUUAGCGAAUAAACCUAUCUUUACGAGAAUCAGACAUUUAGAAAGUUUUCUGCCUCCACCCCCCCCUUUUUAAUUUUUUUAGUCCUGUAUAAAUGUAGUUCUUGUAUAAUUCAAGGUGAUCUUGCUCAUAAAUUCCUCCACAUUCAUAACCAUGUGAUGAGCUUGUUUAACUAGUAUGUGUUGGUUCUGGGUUGAUUUAGCAGACUUAAUCUGUUUAAUAGCAAACACAACACGGUACAUGUAAACAUAAUUUUAUAUUUUUUUUCCCUCUAAGGUAUCUUCAAACAAAAUAGUUCCAGGCUGAUGGAUGAGGUACUAAAACAGCAGAAAAAACUCUUGGACCAUGAGUAUUGCAAGUACCCACUAGAGUAUGCAAAUGGAAGCAUAGACAAAACUGGUAAAGGUAUGUUUAUUCAACACAGGCAAACUGAGAUGGAAAUAUUAACAAGAUGGAAUUGGAAAAUUAAAAUGUUUCUAAGCUAUGUAUGUAUUUUUGUUUUGUUUGCUGCUUUGUCUUUCAUUCCCCUCCCUCGCCCCCCCACCCCUAUCUAGACAUAUAAACUGUCAGUCCAUGAACAGAAAGUCCAGUGUUAAGUUAAUUAUGCUUGUUUUUGUUUUUAAACAACCUUUUUUCUCUUUUGGGGGGGUUCGUUAAGACCAUUUGCACAUCUUUUGGAUGCACAGCAAAUGUUUCUUGGGGUUGUAUUACAGCUAACAGAUUUAAAAAGGGAGAGCUUGUAAGUUAACUAAAGCUCCCAGAAAAUCUUGCUCUGCCCCUAAAGCCCUGCUUUCAGGGGAUGGUAAACCCAAAAAUGGCACCUGACACCAACAAAUUUAGUUUUUUGAGUGUCAGCAGCCCUAAGGAUAUCUGUCUUGACCACCACCAUAAUCAGUAGAGAUUGAAUCUUCCUGACCAUUGUGUGCCUGUGUAAGAUGCUUUUCCCAAUGUGUCAGUGCAGCAGUAUGAAGAAAUUACAUUUUAAUUCAUUAUUGUAGGAGGAAGCAGGAAAAAUAUCACAGGGGCACAAAGAAAUGCAACAGAAGCUAAGUUUUGGCUUGGUGUUAAUGCUGUGCUUCUAAACAUCCGCACAAUACCAUCUACUUGACUCUCUUUGUGCCCUAGGAAUAAAUUAUCUGCCCCUUGAAAAUAAAAACCUGUGAGUCUUCCAGUAUCUGAAGUUUUGGCCAAAACUGACCUUCAUAUAGUUGCUGUUCUAUGCAUCUAUUUAUUUUAUAGGGUAGAUUCUUGUAGUGUGGUGGUUAUGGACUGUUAUGAGAAAGGGGCUUUGAACCCAUAAACAUUAGUGGUAUGCAUAUUCUCUAUUAAUAAAUAGGGCCACAAUAAUGAGCCUUUUCACUGUUGCCAAGUGUUUAGUUUGAAGUUAUGCUCUUAUCGCAGCUUAGUACACACAAAACACUUUAUCAGGACUAUUCAGUAAACUGUCAAUUGUCAAAUUAAAUUCAAAAGCAAUUGGAAAUUACAUGUGGAAUUCAAAUAUCAAGGAACAUGGCUUUAGGAUUAGAAACAUUUUCUCCUUACCCUGUAGUACCUUGUUAACCUUUUGGGGUCUGGAGAUAAGGAGUAAAACCGUAGUUUUACUUGCUGUUUCUCCCUUGCAGUGCCAUUGUCAGUGCUGCCAUCUUGCUUCCAGGGCUGAGAUCACCAAGGUUGAUGCUCUCAGCCAAUCCAAUGCUUUCCAGUAUGUACGCAUUGGGAAGGUAGUGUGCACGUGCAGCACUCUGCUAUUUCGGUGAAAUCACUUCCAGUGGCUAAAAGCCACUGGUAUUUAAACCCUACAAUGUUCCUGCAAAACAGCAAUGUUUUACUUGCAAUGUUAAAACUACAAUUAAAUGUAAUUUAAAAACUACUAUAGUAAAAACUAAAGUUGGCAAAACUUGACCAGCCAAAGCUUCUGCUAGCAACAGCGUGGGAAACAUGGCAUUGUCUAUCAUAUUGCAAGACAAUAUCUAUCAGUGGAGGCUCCUGCAGUCUCGAUUUCUCCAUAGACACACAAGUACAGCACUUACGUGGUCUCCUGGUGGAUGAAUAAACCUGAGCAGUGAUGUCACAAUGGGGGGGUGGGGGGUGGGGGAUCUUUACAAAAUACGUAAAGAUCCUGGAAGGUCACAGCAGCUUUAAAUAGCGUGAUUAGAAAAAUUCUAUGUAGAGCAGUUUUUUAAGCUUGACUAUUUUCAGCCAAAAAUGUUCAGUUCCUUUGUAAAUUCUCAACUAGUAUCUGUUUAAUGAAUAAAUAUAAAAGGAAUUUGUGACACUGGAUUCUUCUUGAAAGAAUUAGUGAGACUAUUUUUCCAGUUGGAUGUGAACAAUACAGUACAAUGGGCGGCUUUUGUUCUUAUUUGUAGACGUCUGUUUAGGCUUCAUUUAGUAAUCCUCUGUGGCUGAAAGUCUUCCCUGGCUUCUAGUCUUAAUACCAUUUCACAUUAAAUUAAUCUAGUCAUGAGGCUGAAAAAGAUUGUUCCCACUGAGAAGUCAAAUUUUGUACAAGGGGUUUAUUUUUUGUUUAGUAACUUGUUGCAGAAGUAGCAUGGGUAUUUGGUGUGGGUUGAGCAGGCCUAGCUUUGUGGUCUCUUGCCCGUUAUAGCUACAACACUUCUCACAAAGUGUAUUUUAUUUAAAUCAAGAUAAUGUUAAUCUAAUUUAUCUCAUUCUCUAUUCCUUAACCCAUUCGUGACCAGUACUUAGGCAUAUCCUAGCAAACACUCCAUCAAAAAAGUGUCUUAAUAAAACAUAGUUUUGUAUGGAGCAACACCUACUGGCAGGCCUGCCCACAGAAAAUUCACUUUGUCCCAUUGUCAAGGCAAGUUCUCUAGGAAGGGCUGUGCCACCAGCAUGUUGUGCAUGCUGACCACAAAUACAAACUACGCACAGAACAUUAGUAGACCCAGAGCUCCUUUUCUCCUUAUCUUUGCAGCCUUUUUCUGUGUACGGCUGCUGCAAAACUAAUGUUGUGUGAAUUCGUGACCAUUAACUAUCACCCACACUACUCAUAGUUCUGCAAGCAAGACGAGCCAGCAGUUCUGAGUACAAAUCAAAACCUUUGUUUUCUGACCAUUUACCUUUUAACUAAAAACUUUGUAAACACAUUUACCGUUCAGGAGACAAAGGCAAGCCAAUAGGACCACAUUUCCCCUACAAUGUUUGAAAGUAGUAGAUACAUUACUCUAUUUCAUACAUGGCUGUAACAUUUGCAAUGCCAUUUGCACUCUCUCCAUAGCAUUUAGCCACUUGCCUAUUCUGAAGAUGCUAUCUGCAGACGAUGGGAAGGCUGCGAUUGGAGAAGCUGCCCAAAGAUUCUGCCAGUUAGUAGCAGAAGAGAAGAAGAAACCUUCUGAUAUGGAUGUGCAUGUCUUAGACCGUUUACUAAGAAGUAAGUAAAUUGUUCAAAAUAUUUUCCACUAAAGUGAAAUUCAAAAUGACGUGGGCAUGUUAAAUACGUCCCACAACAUAAACAAGCGGAAUUGUAUAAAUCAAGAAUCUCUUGUAAAAUGCUGCGUUGACCACUUAACUCUAUUCAUUUUAAGUUAUUUGUGAAGAUAGAAUGUUUAUGGAAAAACUCCUAUAGAUUGUGUUGGAAUUUACUGGAAGCGCAAACACAGUCAGAAGAUAGCUCUUUUGUAAUAGGUGAUUGUGGGUAUUUAUACAGCUAAUGGGGGGUGAGAAAAGUUGAGGCUGAAAUGUCAAGGUGAUGUGUGUUCAAAUUACCCUCACUGAAGCAGAUUUGCGAGAUAGUCUUUGCUUACGUAAGACAAAGGAACGGAUACUUUAUCUUAUGUAUGCAUUAAAUUCUGGGGAAAUGUGACAGAAGGUGGUUCUCUACCCUGUAAAAUAUCACUCCACCCUUUACAGUAUAUGUGGGAGUGUUGAAAUCAGCAGGUUAGUACACAUUACACUAAUAUCUUUCUGAACCUAAAAAUAGCAAAAUUCAUCGGUUGUCAUUUAAAUGAACACUAUAGUUACCCAGACCACCUCAUCUAAUUGAAGUGGUCUGAAUGCAUAGUCCCAUAACGAAUAACUAUGGUGGUGGAUCCAAACAUACAUACAGGAUUGGGACAGAUCAUUGACACUUAAAGUAUACUUUAGGAACUCUGCUGCACAGAUUAUGGACAUCUGUGUGCCCUCCAUUUUUUCCAGUUAUUUGCUUUGUGUAGAUAUAUAUUUGUUUGUACUUUAGUGUAUUGAGUUAUAUAUUUAUGGUGAUUUGGCACUAAGCACUUUAAUGUUUUGCACUUUAUAUAUGGUGGACUAGUUAUGUGAAUUGAGAUGUUUACGUCUAUAUAGGAGAGAUUAGCCCUCUUACCUAUACUUCUAUGUUGUGUCAAUAAAGUACCCUUUUUUCUAUUUUGCUUUAAAAUUGAGUGCGGUAUCAUUUUGGUAUCUUCUAUAAUUCUAUGGUGGUUCUUUAGAGGUGACUCAGAUAUCUGCACCAAAUGUGUGAUUAAGUGCAAGUACCAUUGGAUGUUUUGGGUUAAUCUGAUAUUGUUAGAUUUGAAUGGCAUUCUUGUCUUUGGGUGCAAGAUAGGGUGCGACUAGGUAUUUUUUUUUUAUUUUUUUAUUAUUGUUCCCCUCCACCCCCUGCUUAGUAAGAAUAUUAAAAAAAAACAAGCUUGUCAGCUGUGUGAUUUUUUUUUUUUUUUAAUUAAUUUUUUCAUUAAUUACAACAAACUUUAAGCUGUAUGCCAUUAAUUACAACUUAUUAACUUUCUUCAAUGUUUCAAAUUCAUAUACUGUAUAUAUUUGAUUACAUAGUCAAAGAAGCUAUUUAUUCAUUUGAAUACCUUUAAAUAUCAUUAGUGGUAUUUUCAAAUCUACAUUUCUUUCCUGCUCUAGAUACACAUAAAUUCCCUGACCCGGAUCUUAUAUUAAAAUUUGGCAAUGUAGCCAGUACAUUAGGAUUUCUGCCUUGGCACAUCAGACUUUCAGAAAUCAUGUGAGUAUCCUGUGUCAUCAUAGCUGUACUUCUCUAAAUUAUUUCUACAGUCACAUGUUAUCUACAUUAACAUAAUGCGAAUUAAAAAGGGCAAGAUCUAAAACACUAAAACAAUGCACAACAAAAUGGCCUCUCCUUGUCUCUCAGUCAGUCUGAAAAAUUAAUAUAUGGAUGCAAUUGCUGAGACUGUGCAGGGGCUUGAUGUAAUUUUAUGGUAAUUCAAAUAGAUUUCAGAAGCAAGUGUAAGUAGGGUGAAGCGUUCACGCAUAGCUUGUUAAACAAAAGCAAGAUUAUAAAAUUAACUUUCAAAAUCUAGUUAUUUUUCCUUACAAUGAACCUGAAAAAAUAACUUACUUGAAAUCGCUCACAUAUACAUUAAAUACACCAUAUAUCCCAAAAUACAUGGUGUAUUUAAUGUAAACUAUAAAGAUUUACUCACUUUUAAUCUGUUCCAGCGCUGCUUUGUGAGUGUUACUCUUCAUGUAACACCCACUUCCUGGCCAUCCUCUGCUUCGCCUUCGCUCCUUCUGAUGUUUUCUUUGAUUUGCACUGCUUCAGGCUCCUCCACAAGCAGAGCAAAUUUUGUUGGUGACGAAGCUAGUGCACCAACGUUGGAGAGGAGUAAUGUCCCGUUACUCUGUUCCUAUUAUCCCUAGCCGGCACUAUAAACAGUCUAAGGAGUUUCCAUAGCAACCACGGUACAUGCACUGUGGUUGCUAUGGGUGGAGAGCAUAAUCGACUUCCUGUGGGAGGUGUCAGUCAAUGCCUCGACACGCCAAGGGCUUUAAAUGAAAGCGGGGCAAAAAAAACUAUUUUUAAAUAGAUUUUUUUUUUUUUUUUUUUCUAAGCUAUACAUUUUUGUAGCAAAACUGCUAUUACACUGAAUGUAUAGAUAAAAUCUCCUCAUGCUCAAUCUCAUGAGCAUACAUUGUUUGGGGCAUGACAGGUGCCCUUUAUACGCUUGAAGUGACGCUGUAGUCACCAUAACCGCUUCAUCUCAUUGAAGUAGUUAUAGUGUCUGGAGUCCCCGGUACUGUCCUAUCAUUAAGCAUUAAACUAUUUUCAAUGUCCCCAGCAACCCAUUAUUCUCUGUGCUACAUGAGCGGACUAGGAAGCACUAAUGUGAGUGUGAUUGGCUGAGAGUGUCAGCUGAACACAUGCAGCCUGUCACAGUCCAAUUGCUGGUAUGAAUCCGUAUGGCUACAAGGAAGUGUGUAAUAUCUUUCCUACGCCAUACCUUCAGUGGGUGCAGGGCUAUGGAAAGCUGGGGACCCGCAUUCUGUAUUAAACUGCUCAAAAUCGCUCAAUACUGAAUGGAGAGACAAUGAUGGGGGACUCCAGGCUCUAUAACAAUUCAAUGAGAUAAAAUGGAAUGGUUAUAGUACCUACAGUGUCUCAUUAAGUACGCAUGGUAUAUUGAUACUGUCAUGGAUGUUCUUUCCACAGUUAGUGCCCCCAGACUUGACCGAUGAGCUGUAUGCAGUGGCUGAGGUGAGCACUGCAUAAGCCAUUGUUUCUGUUUUUUUUACAACAAAAAAGUGACAGCAUGUUAAGGCAAAAGAAACACUCCAGGAUAUCUCAUACACCAUAUGAGAGAUCCUAGAGUAUUUACAUUCACGAGUAGGCCUUUGUGGAGUAAUUUGUCAAUCUGCUAUAAUGCCACAAAAUAAGACCUAGGCCCUGCAAAUGCAUCUUUCAAAAUGUUAACUGUUGAGCCUGAAAUGGUCCACCCUCUGACCUGUAGCUUCACAGGAUAGUGACAAAGGCAUACAUUAGGGGUAUUGUAUUCAGAAGAUGUAACUGAACACAGUAAAGGUUUUGUGCAGGAGUAGCACAAAUCAGGUUUACGAAAUACACAUUAAAAAACUUUCUGUUAAAAAAAAAUCUGAAUUUUACUGCAAUAUUUAGCAGAGAUUGGCAGUUAAAUGACUGUAAAAAAAAAAAACUGUCAAAAUACCAUUGGUAACUAGCCUGUGAUGUAUACUUUAAAUAAAUAUAUGCUUUUUUGUGGCAGUUUUGUUUUGAGAUGGCUAUUAAACUUAGUCAAACUUAAAGGGAAACUCCAGUGCCAGGAAAACAAUCCGUUUUCCUGGCACUGCAGGUCCCCUCUCCCUCCCACUUCCCAUCCCCGGUUGCUGAAGGGGUAAAAACCCCUUCAGGUCACUUACCUGAGACCCCGCCGAUGUCCCUCGGUGGUGGUUUUGGGUUGGCGUUGCUCCUCCUAGAAAUUACGUCAGCCGGUGGGCGAGACUGACCCCGCCCGCCGGCUGAGGAAACCUAAUACGAGCAUUAGGUCUCCACAUAGGAAAGCAUUGAAAAUUAUUUUCAGUGCUUUCCUAUGGGGAAUUGAGCGACGCUGGAGGUCCUCACACAGCGUGAGGACGUCCAGCGACGCUCUAGCAAUGAAAAUCUUUGCUAUGAUGCAGGAAGUGCCCUCUAGUGGCUGUCUACAAGACAGCCACUAGAGGAGGAGUUAACCCUGCAAUGUAAUUAUUGCAAUUUAUAAAAAAAACUGCAAUAAUUACACUUGCAGGGUUAAGAGUAGUGGGAGUUGGCACCCAGACCACUCCAAUGGGCAGAAGUGGUGUGGGUGCUUGGAGUGUCCUUUUAACAAAUUCUAAAAUCAAUCCACAUUGAAAUGGCAUUUUACUCUUUACUCUGUAUUUUGUGACCAGUAACUACCAAAAAUAAAUUGUGGUAUUGCUGCUCCAGUUCAGCUUCAUGAAAGUCACUAGUUUUUUACACAAAUGGUUGGAACUGAGCAUCCAAGGAGAGUACAUUUAUAUUUUUGUUCCCAAAAGACCAAAGUAAAUGGGUUUCUCACAGGGUUAUCUGCUCUUUGUCCUGAUUUGUAUGCCUUUGCAUUCUAAGGAUCCUGAUCAUCUGUCUACUUGGGCACAGAAGGUAAUUAUAUUGCAGGAAUGCUUUCACAGGGUGUUUUACCAGUGACUGGUAGUAUUGCAUAUGCUUUUCUACAUUUCAUAGUCUCUUGCAAUCAAGGGUUAUUUUAUUUUUCUUCUUGUUCAAUAUAGUUAACAGAACUAAUAUGAAACCUUGUUGCAUAUGCCCACUCUAGCAAGCUCCCUCUAAACAUAUACAAUAUAUAUAUUUCCUGAUAUAUACAACAUAUGUUUCAUGUACAUUUUUAUGUCUUCUUUCCGUAGUUGUAUACCGACACAUGUGAAUAUCUGCUAUGAAGACUUUUAUUCUGCUCUCCGUUGCUACGCAGGUUGUGAGCAGCGGCUUGGGAAAUAACCUUGUUCUAAGAUGGUUAAAUGCUUCCUUCAAAAGGGAUUCUGUACAUCUGUUUACAAUGAAUCUGUGUCCAGCCUAGCUGGUUCUCGGCUUCUACCCUAGCUUUGGAUUUCUCAUUAUUAUCCAAAAUGCUCAUCAACCUUAAAUCAUCUGAAGUGUCAGCCAUCAGUUUGGAGAAUCACCAAUUUGCUUGACAGAGAUUGAUUGUUUGGAUACAAGUUCAGCCUUUGAGUUACAGCACAGCACAGCACUUGCUUUAGUAAACCAAAUUAUAUAAUUUAUAUGAAGAGCAUCUCUACUCUCCAACAUUCCAUAUUGAAGCAUUUCAGAGCCUACAUGAGUACAGCUACAGUCUGUAUAACGUAACAACAUACAUCCAACUACCUUCUGAUCAAGAAGAAAAAUCCUCAGGUCAUCAGUCCGUCCUGUUUUCAUCCUUGAUUUGGACAUUUAUGUUGGCUGACCAAAGCUAUGGGAUCAUUAUUGUAAUAAAUAUAUACACUUGAUAUAUGGAAUGUAGAGAGCAGGGCAGGGUCCACCGCGAUAAAGAGGCUUUGUACAUCUUUUCAACCAAAUGCAUAGGAGCAGGUGUUAACAGAACUACUUGCAUAACGUUUUUUUGAUUACACCCCACCCCCCCAAUUUGAGGCUGAGACAAGGGCAAAGCUGGCAUCAUUCAAACCAAAAAUAGGGUUUGUUUAGAAAGUUCUCUUGUAAUAGUAUAAAUUGUGAAUGUUUUGUUUUGUGUUUAUUUUUUUUAAAAGUAUCUUUUCUAUUGCACUGAUGUUAUAUGGUAGCCAAUUGAAGUGGUUCCUUUUGAGAGGUUUGGCUUUUUCCCCCCAUGCAUUUUUCUUUUUCUUUCAAACCACACCAUUGAGAUAUUGCUUUCUGUGUCUAGGGCAAAGAAAAGAUUGUCUCCAUUCUUAGCAAAUUUAAAAUAUUAGAGUGCUCACUAUGUCACCGUGGGUUCAUGGGUGCAAGUCAUGCCAUGCACACUAUAAACUGUCCAGUGCUGUUCUAUAGCCUUUUAGUAUUCGUAUGUAAAGCACUUUUGUGCAACUUGAAAUGUUUAAGGGCUUUCUCAACAUUUGUACAUGUUUCUUUAUAUAGUUAGUGAGAUGGGAAGGCUCUGAUUAAAAUGCCGAAAUACUGUUGUCAAAUAUACUUGUUUCUAUUUAAUUUUCUUUUAUGUGUAAUUGUUUGAUUAUUUUGUUUGUUUUUCAUGUUAUGGGUCCCACGAGGUGUUUAUUCACCAAUCAGUUAUUAGUGGUGAGAAAAGAAAACUUUAAUUUUGGAGAAAAACAGCUCUUGUUUAUCAAAGUAGGUGAUUUUGAAACUUGCCUUUUAGGCCUCCAGUUUGCAAGCUCAAACUCACUCGUUUGCUAUGUAGCGAAUAAACCUCUAAGCAAUCUGUAUGACUAAAAGCUUCCUCUUUAACCCCUUAAGGACCAAACUUCUGGAAUAAAAGGGAAUCCUGACAUGUCACACAUGUCAUGUGUCCUUAAGGGGUUAAUGAUACUAUCCCUUUGCUCUUGUCCAGUAACACAUUACAUAUGCAUGUGCUGCCUAUAUAUCACAGGACCAGUCAGCUGACCUUUUCAGUCUUGCAUAGAUAAUGACUUUUAUCUUGAAAGUCUCAUAUGGUUAAGAGGACAGAUCCAAAUAUUUUCUUCUACAAAGGAACCAUUUUGCAGCAACAUUUCAAGAAAAACCUAUAUUACCAUCAGAGUUCUUUAGUAGAAAUUGGAGUGUACGAGUGAAAACCACUAUUCUGUGUCUGAUAAAUCUUCUUGCUCGCCCCCUUGUCUUCAUCUCAGAAUAGGAAGUGAUAUUUCUGACAGCCUUCAAAAGCCAAAAUGUGAAGCCAGGGUGAAUAUUUGAAAUCUGAUUUUAUUUAUUUUUCCCCCGGGUCUACUUCCUUGAAAUAUACUUUUAAGAAUGUAUAUUUACAAAUACACUACCUUUGUGCCAUCCCCCAACCUUCAGUGAAAAAAAUGAAAAUGCAGUAAAAUGUCUCAAAAAAUACUUGCAGUGUGCUUGUCUUUGUUCUAAAUCUCUCUAAAGCAAAAUAAAUGGAAAUAGG